AUGAGCGGUCCUCUUCGAAGUAAGCAAGGCUGCUGGACCUGCCGCUUGCGCAAGAAGAAAUGUGACGAGGGCCGGCCGCUGUGCUCUCUAUGUACAUCUUUAUCCAUUACUUGCUAUGGCUAUGGCCCAAGACCUGACUGGAUGGACAAUGGUGAGGAGGAAAAGGCGGUUGCAAGUGGCAUCAAGGAGAUCGUGAAGCACACCUCGAGACGCAAAGUUACGACUCAAAUUUCUUCGAGGCAGCGGGACCACAUUAUCAGAAUAGCGCCCAAUCCCUCGAAUGUGCCUUUGGGAAGUUCUUCUUCGGGUGCCAUAUCAAAUCGCCAGCUUGAUACGCCACCUCCAUCGGACCAUGGCUCUUCUCAAGAGGGCGGAAUUCAAGAGGUGCAAGAUGCAUCAAACGAAACUUUUCCCCUUCAAGACGAUGAUCAAGCAGUACCUGCAUCUGUGUUCUCCAUCCCAGUGGAUGAGACCACUCUCUUGAUGCAUUUCCUGGAUGACUUAUUCCCCUUACAAUUCCCCUUGUAUAAACCGAGUGCCUUGGAAGGUGGACGAGGCUGGCUACUACCUCUCCUGCUUCGUGUAAAACCACUGUACCACGCCGCCCUAACUUUUGGUGCUUACUACCGGACUGUCGCACUGCCAACUAUAAGCCAAUCCAGUCGAGUCGCUGCCAAGAUCGAGCGAGGCAACCACUUCGAAAUUUGUAUAAGAUCGCUCAAUCAGUUUGCCAAACAUUCUUGUCCAUAUAGGAAACUGGGGAUUGUGACUACAGUUGUUCAACUCACAUUCUAUGAGCUAUUUACUGGCGAUGGCGACACAUGGCAGCCCCAUCUUCGUGCAGCAAUGGGUAUGUAUAAACGAGGCAAUGAAGGAAGCCUGGAAGAUAUUGGUCUGGUCGAGAAAUCGAGAAGAAUCUUAUUCGAGGAUCACCCCAUCACCGAAUACGAGCCUGAGACUACGGAGGAAGUCGCAACUUUUCGAUUUGUGUUCGGCUGUAUCAUUUGGCUAGAUAUCCUUUCGUCCAUUAUGGCGGGAACGGCUCCGCAUCUACUCCCGUAUCAUUCCCGCGUCAUCACUCUCAAUUCUCAGACCAAACUUCAAGAUAUUAUGGGCUGUAAAGACGGUGUGAUCCUCCUGCUUGGCCGCCUUGCUGCGAUAUAUGGGCAAAAAGUUCAAGCCUCGCAACAUGCAGCUUUCGAUUGCUCCCAACUUGAGCAGACAGUCGAUGAGAUGAGUCAGGAGAUCCAAUGUGGUCUGACCCAAGGCGCCUUGGAGAAUAUCAACAUCUCUAGCGCGAUUUCCGCUCCAUCAUUCAACACUAUGCUAGACCCGCCAACGCUCGUCACGCACAUGUUCCUUUACAUGGCGUCAAUCUAUCUCCAUUUGCUGGUCCAAGGCUUUCAGCACUUAAUACUUUUAGACAAAACGAUCUCUGAAGCCAUGACAAUGCUCCGAACUCGAACCUCAACAAAUCUGUUACCGUCUUUGGUAUGUCCGUUGUUCUUCGUCGGUUGUGUGGCAAGGCAAGAAGACAAGCAGUUCUUCCGGAGCGCUUUCUCCUCGCCGCCAUUGCUGAAUUCAUCACUCAAACAUCGCGGAAGGGUUUUGCCUAUUCUGGAAGAUAUCUGGAGCAAAAGGGCGACGAUACUUGGCUUUAGUUGGGAAAACUGUGUUGAGCUUACGAAGAAUCUCUUGUUGAUCUGA